CAUUUUUCUUCCAAAAUUAGCAUCAGUGAAAAAAGAGACGAUUCUUUAUAAAAGUUGUUAAUUUUAAACAUUUGCUGGAUAAAACGUGCAUUUUGCUUGUUAAAAUUGUUUGAAUUUGACAAAGCAAUAGUGGCUGCAGUUAAGCAAAGUGAAUGUUUGCAAGCAGUGCAUCGAUUACGAUUGUUUUCAAAAAAAUAAAUGUUGCAGUGAAUAGCUAACCUAGAACACUCGUGUCUGACGAAAGCAGUGUUUUGAUGUUGAACAAUGAUACAUUCGGAAGCUAAGCGGAACAGUCCCGAACGAUAACCGGUGGUCAGCGAACAAUCCGUAAAGUUUGAGAAGUGGCUUGGGAGCUAGAGAACAGGGUACUGUUUAUUUGUGCCGGCGCAGCGGCAGGCAACCCCGGGAUGAAUUCCGGAAGUUCCGCUGGAGGUAGCAGCAGCAGCGGAUUCGUGGGGCUGAACAAUGGCGAGUCGGGCAUCCUGCGCAAGACAAUGGGAUUGGGCCAAAACCUGCCGCAUCAUCACCCCCACCACCAUCUACCGUACGGGCAGGAAAGCUUUACCGAUCUGCUCGUUUUUGGCUACUCGUGCAAGGUCUUCCGGGACGACGAAAAAGCCCGCUUCAUCGACCAGGGCCGACAUCUGAUCCCGUGGAUGGGCGACAAUCAGUUGAAGAUAGACAGAUAUGAUGCCCGAGGAGCACUGCACGAUCUGACACAGCAUGAACCACCGAUCGGAGGAUACGGGAACCGGUUGGAGUAUCUGCCGCCGGCGGAGCAGCGCGCCGAACAGUUGUGCGAGGACGAGCGCUACUAUAGUCUUUACGCGAACGAAGUUGAGGAGGAGAUCUAUCAGGAGGAAGCCGCAAAACGUCUAGCUGCCAGCAGUGUAGAAAUCGCGUUCGAUUACGAUGCAGCGACAACAACGGAAGUGGCAGAUGGCACCAAUGCGAUCGUAGGUCCCGUGCCUGCGGAUCCGUCGAUGGCCACCGACGACGAGAACAGUUCUGAUCCGCCCUUCGUAGCACCGUCAAACUUUGAAAUUCCCCAAGAUCUCGCCGACCUGCCGGAAACGAUGAAAGAACAUGCGAUCAUCGAGAAGACUGCCAAAUUCAUUGCGUCCCAGGACUCGCAGAUGGAAAUCCUACUACGGGCAAAGCAAGCCGCCAAUCCUCAGUUUGAUUUUUUAAGUCCUGGCGGGCGGCUUUAUCGAUAUUAUCGGCACGUGCUGAUGGCCAUUAAAACCAACCGCUAUCCGGAAGAUGUUCCCGAGGAAGACUCAAACGGAGCGGCUGUGGAAGCACCUGAAGAUACAGUUGCCGAGAUGAGCCCGGAAAAGCCGAAAGUAAUCGUUCCAACCAUUAAAUACAAACCAUCGGUGGACUGUGCCUAUACCCAGCUGAUUAGUAAAAUUACCGGCGCGCCGAUUCCCACGAAAUCAGACUGUCGGAAGUCACCGGUACAAACCCAAUUGACCGCAUUGAUAACCGAGUUUGAAUUCCAACCGGAGAAGAAAACUGUAGAAGUGAAAAAGGUUCCCACCGGACUGGCAGGUCUGGUGCAGUAUGAUUCCGACAGCGACGAGAGUGCGAGUGAGGUGGAAGAACCCGUAGUGGAGAAGAAGCCUGACCCGACGGUUGAAAGGCGAGAAAUCACCUUCAGCGGGUUGCUUCCGCCGGAAAUCUUUCAGCACGUGAUUGAAAAGACAGCAACGUACGUUGCGAAGAACGGGUACAGCUUCGAAGAUGCGCUGAGAACGAAGAAUGAUCCGCGCUUUCUUUUCCUACGCAAGGAGCACGAGUUCUAUCCUUACUACGCCUUUCGCGUACGAUAUUUGAUCGAUCCGUUCGAGGAAGUUCCCAAAAGUCCAGAAACAGUAACCAUUACCAGGGAAAUUGAAAACGGAACGGUGGUGGAAACACCUAGCAUCGGAAUCAAAACGGUCAAUACGGCGCCACAACCGGUUGCCCCACCGGUAACGCAAAUCCAGGCCACCAAACCGGGCGGAGCAGUGUGCUUUUCUAUCAAGAGCAAAGACGAUGCUACCAAAGCGUCGAAAGCGAAUGUAGUUCAGGAACUGGGUGGAAACGAAGAGGAGGCAGAACCGGAGACGGAAAAGGAAAAGAGCAAAUCUCCGUUAAUCACUGGUAGGGACGUGGAACAGCCGAAAGACGAUUCGCUACAAGCAGGCAGACAGAAGGAAACUGACGGUGCUCGAACGCCUUCGCCGCCAAAGGUCAGCGUCCCUCAGGAAAUUGUUCGAAGCAGCUCAACGCCACCCCCACUGGAGGAAGCCAAACCGGCACCAAUCACCGACGACGGAACAAGAGAUCUCAAACGUCAGGAGGACCGCAUCAAGGACAAGCUGGCCGUCGCUGCCCGCGAAAGACUGGCUAUGAUCGCGAAAGAAAAACAACUGCAGCUGGAGCGGAAAAAGCGGGCCAGCAUGUUUAUCAGCUUGAUCAGUAAACAGGAAGUGCCAGAAACGACGGAAAACCCAACUUAUCCCACGGAGAACGAAUGGGAAAACUCCCCACCGGGGACACCUCCUCUGCUUCUUCCGACCCGGAAUGGACUGGGAGCGCUGAAAAACGAAUUUGAAGAGGAGGAGGAGGAGGACGACGACGAACCCAACAACAGUUCAAGCGUCUCCAUUCAGUCGAUUCCGUCGCAAAGUGCUAGUCCGGCAUCGAAUCAGGCCCCGUCCAGUGCGGAUGAUGACGUCGUGCUGGUGGAAGAAACUGUCACCAAGGUCCACGGAAAUGGACGACCUUCCAGGUCCCGAACUAGGUCCAGCAGUAAACACAAGAAAAAGAAAAAUAAGCACAAAAGUAAGAGCAAGAAAUCGAAGAAAAAGAAAUCUAAAAGUCCAAGCCCAAUUCUAAGUCCCAUCAAGAGUAAAACCAAGACAAAACGAAAGCGCAGUAGGAGUCGGACGCCUGCGAUGGUUCCGCAGCGGAGGAGAAGUAGGUCCCACUCGGAGAAAGAAGCAAAAAGGAGGAAAAAAAGUAAGAAGAAAGUCCACAAGCCUCACAAAUCAUCGAGAUCUUCAUCUUCGUCCAGGCACCAUCACCACAAGGAACGUAGGGAGAGAGCAGAACGCUAGAACAGACGGCGAUUCCGAUCUGGUGUCGUUUUGUGAAUAUUGUUAUUAGUUAGCGACAUUGGGAUUGAAUAAAGAAUUAAAAAUAAACCAUUUUAUGCCUAACUAUGAUAAAGUAAGA